AUGACAUCAAAACUAAAAGGGAGCAGGUUAGAGGCGGAAGUGGAUCGUUGUCGUUCGGAAUGCAACUGGAAACGACUCGGCGAGAUAAUCCCGUCGAUCCGCGCUAAGAACAGUGGUAUGGAUAAUUUAGGAGAUUUGAUUGAAGCUGAAUACAUUCUGGAAACUUUCAUCGAUGAACACACUGGUUAUCUUGAACCCAAAAAAGAAAAUGCCGAAUCCCUACAAAAAUGUGAAUCACUCCUGAAAAGUGCUGUUGAAACGGCUCAACGAGAAAAGAAUUCAACACUGCGAGAAGCUCGUCUGCUGCUUGCAAAACUUCAUUAUUACUGUGCCAAAUACGAUGAAGUGCUGAAUGAUGUGGAUAGUUUCUGUCGUGAGCAAGGCAAUGAUCCGUAUGCAACGCUACGUGCACUACGUUUAGUGGCUGAAGCAUACGCAGUAAAAGGAUUCUCAAUUGAAGCGAUUCUGAAACGUGGUUCGACUGCACAACAACCCACAUCGCAGCAGCAGCAACAACGCUCGCGUAUGAAUGCACUCUACUGCUUCGAGAAAUCCGCUGAACUCACGAUUUCGUAUGUGAAUGAACUGGAGAAAUCUUUAGCAUCAACGACGAGAGCAUCGUCAGGCACUAUCCUAUCAUCACAACAAUCUAAUGGAGUGAAUACUGGCAGAUCAUUCGAUAAAAUGGGUGAUUUAUUGGAGUCAUCGUUGGAACGUGUACCAUUACUUCGGUUACGGAGGAACGUUUGCGAUUGUCCGUGGGGUGUAGAGGGCAUCGAAUGGUACCGACAUAUCAUGACGUCUCUUGGUGAUAAACUCGUCGGAGAAAAACUUCAACAGAGGUUUGCCUUCAUUUGUAAUUCUGGUCAGAUUUUUCAAUUAUCAACUUGGAUUAGUUUUGUAAUGAGGUACUGCGAAUCGGUUUUUAUCUCUGUUUCAGUCUUGGUCUUAGCGAUCAAUUUAAUUGUAAUUGAGUGA